AUGGUUACUGACAAUGUUGAGCAAUCACAAGGAGUCACCAUGCCCAAAACCGUCAAUCCGCCAUCAAUAUUCUCAGAAUCCAACUUAUAUUUUGACAAUUUUACCGCCAAAAUAAAGGGAUUUACGCAACCCGGUGGUUUCGUAUGCAAAACCUCCACCAAAGGCGUCAAACUACAAACUUUUAAUUCGGAUUCAUAA